AUGUCCAUCCCCCCACCGCCCCCCUCCCCACCCGCCGCUCCCCACCCCCUUCACACCGAACUCGCCCUCCUCGAAAAGUUCCACUCCACCCUCCGAAUCUACCGCGACCUCUUCUCCAAGCCCGGCGCGCGCACCGUCAACUGGGCGCCACUCAUGGACGUCAAGUAUGAGCAGCUGGUCAAGCACAACCAAGCGCUGAAGGGGCUCAAAGCCGCGCUCGACGAGACGCCGGAGCGCACGCGGGAGGAUGAGGAAACGUAUGCGAGGGCGUGGGGGUUGUAUCUGGCUGCGCUGGAGGGGUAUGGUGAGUUGUGCGAGAUCUUGAAGCCGAGGCCGGGAGGGACGGUGGCGACGGUGGGGGUGAGGGGGUUGGAGGGAAGGAGGGGGGAGGGGAGGGUGGAGUGGGGGGUGGGGGAUGUGGGGAGGGAGGGGUGGAGAGGGAGUUAG